AUGUACAUAUUCUCACUCAUUUGGGUUCUGUCAAUAUGUUUUUUUUCAGUAAUUAUUUCUUCAAUAGGAAUAUAUUAUGGUUCUACUUCACAAGAAUUAGAUAAUAUUAAAUUUGGACUUAAAAUUGUUGUAUAUAUUCUUUCAUUCAUCUGCCCUUUGUUUGGAAUUUCUUAUACAUUUUAUAUUAAUGAAAUAACUCAAAACCAACAAAUAAUAAUAAAUAUUAUUGGAAUAAUUGGUAUCAUCUGUUGUUUUUGUGCGUCUAUUUAUUGUAUAGUUAUUAUGAGUGAAAUGUCUAAGACAUGGGAUGAUAUUGAUAAUAGUCAUAUUAUUCAAUACGAAUUUGAAAAUGAGUGUUGUAUCAUUGCAGAAUAUCGGAGUGAUGGAAAUCAUUAUAUAUUCAAAUCAUGUCCUUUACUUUCACCAACAACUGAAAUAAAAAGCACCUGUAAAAAUGAAUUUGGUGGAAAAAUAAUAUGUCCAAUGAAAGAUAUAGGAUAUGGGUUUAAUGCAAGAGACAAUUUAUGUACAGUUCAUUUUGAUUAUACAAUUGUUGUAUUAUCAUUAAUAUCUUUUACCUUAGACAUCAUACUCCUAUUCUUAACUUUACUAUUUUCAGUACUCAUCAUCAUUUCCCAUUGGAAAAAACCAUGUCUUACAAAACAUAUUACUAAAACACAAACAACUAGAUAUUUAUCAAAUCAUUCUCAAAUCAAUAAACAAGAAUAUGUAGAUGUAUAAAUAAUUCUAAUUAAUUAAAUUAAACAUCCUUCUAUUUAUAUACUUAAAAUUGAAAUCAUUAUCAAAGUUUAUUCUUUUCAAUUGAAAUUCCUUAUUAAAUAAAUUUUUCCUCAAAUAAUAUGAUAUUAUUCAAUAUAAAUACAUAAAAUAUAAUGUUGAUAACUCUUAUUAUUAGUUUAUCUGAAUAAAUAAAUUAAAUAAAUACUUAAACCUCAAAAUUGAAUUAAUGUUACUUCAUUUGUUUGGAAACAUCAACAACAUAUUUAACUGAAGCAACACUUGAAGCAGGGAUAUAUUGAGUAGUUUGUUUAUUAACUAAUAACUUCUUGAAAGCUUGUUCUGCUUCUCCAACUUUUCCUUCAAGAAGAUCAUUGAAUAAAUUAAUAAAUUGUUUGGCAAUAUCUGCUGGAAUUUUAUCAAUGCAUCCAGCAAAACUAGAUGCUUUUUUAAGUGCAACAUUUGCUGGUCUUUCAAAGGUAGUUCCUUUUGAUUUGGUUUCAAUAUUGGAUGUAACUUGUUCAAGAACUUUCUUUAAUUCAUCACAAACCAUAACGUCAAUAACUCCAUCACUAGAACUUGUUGUAUUAUUAGCUUGUGGCAUAACUGGCAUUGUUGGUUGUGAAACUGGUACAGUAACUUUUGGAAUAGAGGGGAUUGCUGGUUGUACCACUGGAGUUGGUAUAGUUGGCAAAGUUGGUUGUACCACUGGAGUUGGUAUAGUUGGCAAAGUUGGUUGUACCACUGGAGUUGGUACUGGUGGCAUUACUGGUUGUACUACUGGAGCAGGUACUUGUGGUAACAAUGGUUGUGAAAUUGGUGCAUUUACUUUUGGGGCUGAGGGAAGUACUGGCUGUGGAAUAGUAGGCAUUACUGGUUGAACAGGAGUUGGCAUAACAGGAAUUUGAGGUAAUACAGGUUGAGUACGAGUUUGAUUUGGUAAUGUUGGUUGUGGAAUAGUAGGUAAUGUUGGAACUCCACUAGAUGCAGGAACAGGUGGGAAGAAUUUAUUAUUAGUAACAGAUGGUUGUUGUGCAGUAGGUUGUUGAAUAUGUGGCUGUUGAACUGAACCAACAAUCACUUUCUUAUAAGGACAAACUGGUUGAGUUCCUUGAGCACCUUGGGCAUAAUAAAUUCUAUCAACUAAUUCUUUUGUUUUAUUAUUUUGUUGAGCACCAAGGCAUUCAAUUAACUUUUGUGCUGCAUUCAAUUCUCCCAUAGAAGCUAAUUGUGUAGCGUGUUCAACUAUUUUAGUUGUAAUUGAGUCAGUUAAUUGAAUAUGACCACACAUACUUCUUAAUAUUUCAAUUCUUUCAAUAACUUCUUCAAUUCCAUGUGAAGCAUCAAUCCAAAUAUCAAUUAAUUUAUUAACAUUACCCGAUGCAAUAUAACAAAUUAAUGCUGCGUGUUUAUUUGUUGGAUAUAAUUUAUCUCCAAGUCUAACAAUUAAUACUGGUUUUAAUGCAACAUUAGCAUGAAUACAAAUAGCAUAUAACACAAAUUUCCAUUCUUCAACCUUACAUUCUUCAACAAUUUUUUCAAGUUUUUCUUCCAUAACAGCAUUAACUAUAUUUAAUGAUUUCUUUUUAUUCCAUUCUUCCUUUUUAUAUUCUUCAAUAACUUUUGAAUGCAUUUCUUUAUUAUUUUCUGUCAUAACUAAGGCAUCAGCAAAUCGUUUAGUUUUAAUACAAAAUUCUACAGCUUU